AUGCCUCCUUCAUAUGAACAUCAACCAAAAAAACGUCGUCUCGACGCUGAGGACGGUAGCGAUGUUCCCAACUUCAAGGCCCCGUCUCGGUUCAGGCCAACUGUCCCAAGGGAAUGGACUAUUUCCAUCGCCGUGCCCACAAGCCUCAUCACCGACUGCGUAACACGAGAGCAGAGAACAACAAAUGUAGGCCGAAUCGCUCGCGCACUGGCCAUAUUCUCAGUCGACGAGGUCGUCAUAUACGACGACAGCCCUAUGGACAAGCGCAUCACCAACGCCGACCCAGACGCCUACACCGGCGAUGUCGACCCAGCCCACUUCAUGGAGCACCUCCUGACCUAUCUCGAGACUCCACCAUUCAUGCGCAAAAUCCUCUUUCCUCUGCACCCGAAUUUGAGAUCCCAGGGUUUGCUUCCGAGUCUUGACAUGCCCCAUCACCCGCACAAGGACGAGUGGCUGCCGUACCGGGAGGGCAUGACGCUGGAAGCACAACCGAAGGGAGGAAAGGGCACCGUCGUCGACAUCGGCAUGCCCAGCACAGUCACCGUAACCGAGUCGAUUCCGCCCAAGACGCGGGUGACCCUCAAGAUGCCCAAUGACACCAAUGGAAUCCCUGAGCCAGUGCACCCGACCGCGCCCAGGACAGAGGCAGGAUAUUUUUGGGGCUACAGUGUCCGCAAAGCCUCAUCGCUAUCCAACGUUCUCACCGAAAGCCCGUACGAAGAUGGUUACGACGUAAGCAUCGGCACGUCGGAGCGCGGCGUGCCGCUCUCCAGAGCAUUCCCCAGCUAUGAACAAACCGACUUUAAGCACUUGCUGGUUGCCUUUGGUGGGCCAAGGGGGCUGGAAUAUGCCGCCAUGAACGAUCCUCAGCUUGGCGAGAUGGGCAUUGCGGGCGCGCGGACCAAGGAGUUGUUUGAUCACUGGGUGAAUGUACUGCCGAAUCAAGGGACGAGAGGCAUCAAGACAGAUGAAGCCCUGUUGAUAGCCUUGACCAGGCUGAGGAGGCUGUGGGAUAGCAGCUGA